AUGUUUUUGUUAAACAGACAACUAUUUUUAUACACAUCUACAUUAAUUUCAAGACUUAUUUUUAUUCAAAUAAACCAUCCUUUAGCUAUAGGGUUAAUAUUAUUAAUCCAAACUUUACAAAUUUGUUUAUUAACAGGAUUAAUAGCAAAAAGAUUUUGAUUUUCUUAUAUUCUAUUUCUAAUCUUCCUGGGAGGAAUACUAGUUUUAUUUAUUUAUGUAACCUCUCUAGCUUCAAACGAAAUAUUUUCUUUAUCUAUAAAAUUAACUACUAUUUGUGUAAUAGCUACAGCAACUCUUAUACUAAUCUCCGUAUUUAUAGAUAAAUCAUCAACAACAUGCUUUAUACAAAAUCUAGAAAUACAACCGUUUAACCAAAUAAAAAGUAUUCUUCCAGAAAACGCUCUAAAUCUACAUAAACUAUAUAACUUCCCCACAAAUAUAAUCACCAUUCUAUUAAUAAACUACCUUUUAGUUACUUUAAUUGCUGUAGUAAAAAUUACUAAAUUAUUUUAUGGUCCUCUUCGGCCAAUAAACUAAUGAACAAACCUUUACGAACCCAACACCCCUUAUUUAAAAUUGCAAAUAAUGCUUUAGUAGAUCUACCAGCUCCUGUAAAUAUUUCAGCUUGAUGAAAUUUCGGCUCCCUACUAGGAUUAUGUUUAAUUAUUCAAAUUAUAACAGGAUUAUUCUUAGCUAUACAUUAUACAG